CUACAUAUUAUAAUAUUUACUAUGUUCACGUAGCGUCUGUUCGGAAAAGCUUCGCAACUAAUAACAUCAGAUAAUAUGGCCAUCAGGAGAGCAAGAAGAUGUAUUAUGUGUGUGACAGUGGUAACAACAUGCAUCGUCGUAUUCAGCUACAAUUCUGCAACUGUACCAACAACCAGCACCCUGCCAUCUUUCCCCGGUCCACAGCCACGGGGUGCAAAAGUACCAGCAACCACCAGCAAUAUCCUGCCAUGGCCUACUGGCACACAGAUAACAGAAACUGCCAGCAGCAUACUCGACACAAAUGAAAUGAGGAGAAAAAUAAAACUUUUUGAUGUCAUGAUAACUGAAAAAGAGAAACGUUCCUUUGAAAUCCUACUCAAAACGUUUAUGAAAGCCGUAGCAUCUAACGUCACAUAUUUUUUGUAUUCUGGUUCCUUGCUUGGUUCUUAUCGUCAUCACGGCAUGAUUCCUUGGGAUGAUGACCUUGACGUUGUCGUGCGAGCUAAGGAUGCACAACGAUUGGUCACCUCACUGUCCAAACUAGCACCACAUUUUAUUAUCAAUCAAGAUCGUUCUCGCAGAUGGAAGUUUUACCAUCGUUCAUCUUAUAAUAUACCUGAGCGUUCGUGGAAAUGGCCGUCUAUAGACAUUAGCUUUUAUAAAGAAAAUAGGACUCACAUUCGUGAUUAUGAUCGAAGUUAUCCUCGUUUUGCUUUUAAACGGACUGACGUAUUUCCUCUAGGCAAGCGACCUUUCAUGGGCCUCCUUCUGCCCACGCCGAGAAAUACAAAAAGCGUCAUACUGCAAACCUAUAGUAUCAGUGUCUGUCAGAAUAAGCCCUAUGAUCACAGAUGGGAGCGAUCUAUCCCUGCUAGCAAACAGACAACUCUGCAGUGUGACCUGUUGAAGGCCAUCUAUCCAUUCGUUCGGCGGGAAUACAGCUCUGAUGGUACCAUGGAGAUUCUCGAGAGGAAUAAUACACGCAUUGGAGAGUUCUUCCUCUAUGACAGGGAUUAAGGUAGUAAAGUCUAUAACUAGAAAUAUGGUGAGGACUCAGCCAUACUGCUGUUCGAAGGUAGAUUCCCCAUAAACUUUCAUUAAUUACUUAUGUGAACGCAAAUUACAUUUGUUUCUAUAUAUGACUCCUUUAUCUUGCGUUCUCAACACGUUAUAAACAUGUAUAUGAUACGUUAUGAAACGUUAUAACAUGCUUAUGAGCGCAUUGUUAUUUUAUAAUGCUUGCUUAUAUAUUCUAUAUGUUAGGUCCACGAGAACACUACAAACAUGCUGAUUAUUUCAAUGUUUUCAUAAACACCUCCAGCUAUAUAUGAACUUUCAUAUAUAGUUCAAAUACAAAAUAUAUUCUAAAAAAUGAUGUACAAUGUACUAAAGAUAACGUUGAUUUUAUCUGUAUGAUUGUCUACAAGCGUCUGGGAAAAUACAAAGGCUUUGGACUUUAUUCGAAUAGCAGGUGCCAUAUGUUGAAUAUAUUUUUGUUGCAAGAUGUGCAUGCUGUAUAUUUUCGAUAUCAUGUUUGUUAGGUAGCCUCGAUUUAAAAAUAAUAUACCUGACAAAAUUGUAAUUGCAUAUUUAUUGAAUCAA